AUGACCCUGGUCUGGAUUGAAGAGGUCGCAGUGGCCAAUCUGGCUGCUCUAGCGGCUGGUAGCUUUCUUGCAUACGCUGGCGUAUUUCCAAAUAUUGACUACAGAAUGGUUCUGCUGGGAGCUAUGGGAAUCGCAUUUAUAUUGCAGAUGGUGUACGAUUUUGUCAUUUUCCCAUAUAUGCUCAGCUCAAUGAAGCAUCUCCCGAAAGUCAAAGGUCGCCUUAACGUGGUAAAAACACUUUUCGAAACUCCUCGGGGAAAGUCAGCGCUUCACUGGCUUCGCACAGUUCCCAAUGACGGCCUGAUCGCCUUUGACUACUUGCCCAAACAGACAUAUCUUAUGGCUACAAAUCAUCAAGCUCUGUUAGAUAUCAUGAGCACUCGGACAUAUGACUUUGAGAAGCCUUGGCGAUUCAGGGACUUCCUAGCUCGCAUAAUUGGCUUCGGUCUAAUUUUGUCUGAAGGAGAUCCACACAAAGCCCAAAGAAAGGCAGUAAAUCCUUCCUUCAAUGUCAAGAAUAUCCGAGGCUUAUACGGCUUGAUGUGGGAAAAGACUGGCAUCUUUCUCGACCAGCUAGAAACGGAAAUUCGUAAUAAUCCAGUGAAGACUAUUCAUGGAAAGGGUGAAAUGGGCAGGGUUGAAAUGACCGUGUGGGCUAGCCGUCUUACGCUUGAUAUAAUCGGCCCAACAGCCAUGGGUCGCGACUUCCAAUCGCUAACGAGCGAGGAGAACCGAGUGGCUGAUAUAUUCCUCAAUAUUUUGGAACCCACGUGGGAAAAGCUUUUUUUCCUAUCAGUCAAUUUUCUACUGCCUCAGUGGUUUACAACUAAAAUUCCGUGGCAUCUAAACAAGAUGAUCAACGAUGAUGUUGGCUACUUGCGAUCGCUAUGUCACGAAAUUGUACAAGAGAAACGAUUCUCCUUCAAAGGCAAGAAUAUCGAAAAGAGCCCACUAGAGACGGAUAUUCUCGGCACGAUGAUUGUUCGAGGGGAGUUUAGCGAUAGCGAACUCGUUGAUCAAAUGCUUACAUUUUUAGCAGCCGGCCAUGAAACAACAGCGGGAGCUUUGACAAUGGCCUGCUGGAUGCUAUGUCUACACCCACAUGUUCAAACACGACUUCGAGAGGAGAUUCGAUUGCAUAUUCCCUCUGCCGACAGCUCCAUUACUUGGGCAGACCUAGAAUCCCUUCCAAUUCUUAACGGAGUAUGCCAAGAAAUUCUUCGAUUAUGGCCCACUGUCCCGGUCACUAUCCGUGAAGCUAUGCGCGAGACAGAGGUUGCCGGAACCAGAAUCCACAGAGGCACGCGAAUUAUCCUCUGUCCAUAUGCCAUUAAUCGUAGUCCAGAUUUCUGGGGUGAAACGGCCAAUGAAUUUAUACCGGAACGCUGGAUCGAUGUCGACGAAAGUGGAAAGCAAACUGUCAACCAUCAUGGGGGUGCCUCGACGAAUUUUGCUCAAAUAACUUUUUUGCAUGGCCAGCGUUCUUGUAUCGGAAAGGACUUUUCUCGUGCAGAGCUUCGAUGUGCUGUUGCUGGUGUUAUAGGACGUUUUGCUAUGGAAAUGCAAGAUCCUACAGGUGAUAUUACGCUUUCUGGUGCUGUGACUGUGAAGCCCAUUGAAGGCUUGCACUUGAAGAUGACCCGGGUGAGUGGGUGGUAA